AACAAUAAACUUUACUUCCGGGUCAAACCCGCUUCGAACUUCAGAAACCAUAACAGCAUUCCGGUGCGUUCAAGUCCCAGACGUCCCCGCCGACACAUUCGAAUUAACCGAUUAAGCGGUUUAACGGACUCCGCUCGGACAUGGCCGGCCUCCCCCCCGGAGACCCGCAGCUCGUCUCCAUGAUCGUCGGCCACCUGAAGACUCAGGGGCUCUUCGACCAGUUCCGGAGGGACUGCCUCGCAGACGUUGACACAAAGCCAGCUUACUUGAACCUGAAACAAAGAGUGGACAACUUUGUCUCCAACCACCUGUCCAACCACACGUGGAGUCCUCAUCUGAACAAGAACCAGCUGAGAAACAACAUCCGCCAACUUGUGCUGCAGUCCGGCAUGCUGGAGCAGGGAGUGGACAGGAUCGUGGCCCAGGUGGUGGAUCCCAAAGUCAACCAUCUCUUCAGGCCGCAGGUGGAGCGGGUGGUCCGGGAGUUCCUGUCGCCCGGCAGCUACUCGGAGGAGCCGCCGCUGCCGCUUCCUUCGACGGAGACCAAACCUGACGUCAGCGACCCGGAGCAAGCCUCCACCUCUGCGCCGGCCACCACCUCUGCCGGCGACGCCAUGUCCAUCCUGGACACCAUCACCUCCCUCAACCAGGAGGCCAGCGUCAGGGCCGGCUCGGACAAAGGACGCAGAGGCCCAGACGAGCUCGCGCUGCCGGCGGAGGACGGCGAGAUGGACAUGAGUGUGGACGAGGAAGGAGACGGCCACCAUGACGGGAGGACGCUGGAAGAGGCCCGGGAGCCGGCGGCGGAGGUCCAGGCGUUAGAAGUGAAGACGGAGGACACUCAGGAACACAUGGAUCUGGGAAAAGAAGCGUUGAUGGAGGAGGUGAAGAUGGAGGAGGAGGAGGAGUCUGGAGCUCAGGAGCAGACCGAGGAGGAGAGAGAGAGCGCGGCCAGCAAAACAACAGGAAGACCCGCAGAAGAGAAGCGUGAUGAUGAUGAUGGUGGUGAUGGUGAUGAUGUGCUGACAUCUACGAGUCAGGCCAAGCAGAAAGACCGAGAGAGGAUAAAAGAAGAAUACCUGCUGGAGGACUCGGACCUGGACGGGCUGAGCGACAUCACGGUGAGCUCCGUCCACACCAGCGACUUGUCGUCGUUGGAGGAACAAAGUGAAGACGACGAGCUGCUGUCGGAUUCUUCUGAAGAGGGAGAACUUCAAUCGGACGAUCAAGACGAGGGAGCAGAAAAGAGAGAAGCCGGCGGCGACGCAGAGGAAGAAGAGCGGAAACCUCGGCGCAAGGCGUACGUGCACAAGCCCUUCCUCUACUCCCGUUACUAUAGCGACUCGGAUGAUGAGAUCACCGUGGAAGAGCGUCGGAGAAGUGCGGCGAAGGACAAAGAGGAACGGCUGCUGAAGAGGCAGCAGAACCGAGAGCGGAUGGAGGAGAAGCGCAAGCAGAAAGCCGCGCAGGCGGAAGAACAAGACCAGAGGAAACAGAAGGGCGGAGCCUCUCUGGAGGGCCCGAGAGCCAAGGAGGCUCGCAAAGAAAGAAAGGUCCUGGAGAAGAAGAUGGCCCUCAACAGGAAGAGGAAGCUGGACUCGAGGAAGGACGGAGAUGCUCCAAGCAGGAGGAGAGGAGAUGCAGAAGGACCCAAGAAAGCCGAAGUGAAAUCCGCGGCCCUGAAGCCCCCGCAACCGAAAUGCCUCCGAAUUCUGUCGGAAUGUGCCUCUUCCGACGAGCGGCCCAGAAGGACGAGCGGCAGCGCCUCAGAGGACUCCAGCGAGCCCAAGAGGCUGUGCGACAAAAGCCGGACUCACUCCUUCAUCCUGGAGCUGGAGCAAGGCUCCCAGGAGGCGCUCAAGCAGCGCUCCGUCGGGAAGUUCGACCGGUUCUCCCGUAAAGAACUUCACCUGAAAGAACGCAAGGAGAAAGAACGCAGCGCGUCAGACGAACGCGCCAAAGCCAAACAGAAGCAGGAGAAGAAGUGUGAACAUCAGGCAGAUGAAGCCCAGCAGAAGGAAGGUGCUGCUGUCAAAGGGACCCCUGAAGAGAAAGGUGAGAAGAAACUUAAGAUCAAAAGUGAGAAGAAAAUGGCUCCAACCACCAGAGAAGGAAAGCCGCCUUUGUCAGAAGGUGUCGCAGAUGAAGGUCCUAAAGACGCUUCCGGCAAGAAGUCCAGAGCUGCGUCUGUGGAGGCUGUCAAAGCCGACAAGGACAGGAGUAGGGAGAAGGAGAAAGAUAAGAGCAAAGAAAAGGAGAAGGCCAAAGGAGAGAGAACCUCGGCGAGGAGUGACCAGAAGCAGCUCCUGCGUGUUGAUUCCGCCUGCUCGUCUGAGGACAUGGAGCCCGACAGCUCCAAGAAGAAAGAGAAACUCUCCAAGGAACCGCUGAAGAGGUCCAAGAGCCACGGCGAGGACCGGCCCAAAUCCAAAAGCGACAAUAAAGACGGCGAGAAGGAAAAGACAAAAGCAGAUCAAGACGGCCAGAAACCCGUCAAGAGCAGCUCUGAAACGGAGACGAAAAGGGCCAAGACGUCCGAUAGAGCGAGAACCGUGGAAAGAGCCAGAUCCAAGUCCAAAGAGGAGACCAAGACUCUGUUAUCGAGGACUGACAGUAAAGCUCCGAGCGCCUGCAAACCCGAGAAGAAGGUCAAUGCGAAGGAGCAGAGGGGCUGCGAGGAGCCUCUGCAGGAGCUGAAGAGUGGAAAGAAAAAAGCGGAGAAGAAGGACAAAGUCCCAGAAAAGAAAGACGUGAGGACAGAAGAGACGAAGACUCCCCCAGAGGACACACCGGAAAAGUCUUUGCUUUCCUCCCCCGAUGAAGAGGAGCAGCCGCAGAAAGGCUCCUUCCUCCGGGACGCCGGCACGGACUCCGACCCCGUCGCCGCCUCCGACGACCCCCGUGACGCCCUGAGCGACGCCCUGAGCGACGCCCCCCCCGAGCCGCCGGCCGACGCCCUGCUGGCUCUGAUGGACGUCUGCACCUCAGCGGGGGCCAGACUCCCCCCCGGGUCGACCCUGCAGGAGGCCGACCUGAAGAUGAAAGAGGCGGCUCUGACUCUCCUCUCCAUGGAUCCCGAGAGCACCGUGUCCUCCACGACGGGCCGGCGGGGGAACCACGGCCCCCCAGGGCGGAUGCAAACCGAUGGCGCCGAGCCAGGAGAGCCUCCGGCUGAUGAGGUCACGGCCUCCGGGGACGAGCCGAGCGCUGCAGAUCCGUCUAAUUCUGAGGAGGAAGUCGGGACGGAGGAAACAUCCGAGCAGCGUUGCUGUGGAAACCCGUCAUUUCUUCAGCAGCAGGAGGACAUCACCUCCGCUGAGAAUGAAAGCUGAAAGGUGCAGAAGCCCGUCCCGAGGGAAGCGGCCAACGAGCAGGAACGAGGGACGAAAGCAGAGACGCGGAGACCCACGAGCAGGCAGAGGAAGAAGCUGAGGACGAGCAGGCCGAGGUGGACGACACUGUAGGUGGAGCUGAGAGGGAAACAGCGCAGGAAGAAACGGAGGAGAGGAAUCCACGAACU